AAUAACACAGAUCAGAUCAUACACACCGCCGGCCCGUGGAUCACUUCACUCCAUCGCUGUUCCAUCCACUGUUGUUCUCUUUGAAAGCUGCCAGUUCGUUGGUAAUGGGGCGCCACAGCAGCAACGCCAGCAAAGCCGAGGCCGGCGGCGAGCAGCACCGCAAGGAGGAGAAGCAUCACAAGCACAUGGAGCAGCUCGCCCAGCUCGGCGCCGUCGCAGCCGGAGCGUACGCGCUGCACGAGAAGCACAAGGCGAAGAAGGACUCGGAGAAUGCCCGGUCGCACAGGAUCAAGGAGGAGAUCGCAGCCACGGUCGCCGUUGGUAGCGCCGGUUUCGCCUUCCAUGAGCACCACAAGAAGAAAGACGCCAAGAAUCAGGGCCACCAUUGAUCUUGGACACAUAUAUAUGGCAUGUAUAGGCGGCAGCAGUCUAGCUACUUAUACGGUUACGAGGUUUCCAUUGUUGUUUUUUUCCAGGGUGUGUUGUUCUUCACUAUAUGUACGUCUGUUCUAUAGUAUAUGCACUGUUUAUUAGCUACCUAAAAGUUGCUGCCCUUGUUCGUGGUACACUAUAUGUACAUCUGUCCUUGUCCUAAAGGUUUAUCAUGCAUGUAUCUAUCAAUGUAGUAUGAAUCGAGCAUGCCUUUUUUUAAGUAGUAUAUUUUUUUAUGGAAAGCCAAGUCUUUGUUGCUCAAACGUUACAUAGUUUGGAAUACAAAAGAUAUCAUGGGGUUGCACCAGUCAAACAUGGCGGCCCCGAGCUAAUGUUAAAGAGUACAUGGCUAAUGAAUGAGCUUUAAAGUUA